AUGUCUGCUGUCCGACAAAUAUACGCCUAUAAUCCGUAUUUGCGAGUUGAUGACGCCACGUACGCACCUCAAGAUGGCGAUUCUCUGGUCACCGCCAGGCAUUCCACCCGUCAUGUGGCGGAAGACGUACCAGCCGAGCUGUGGUUGCGCAUCUUCGAAUUUGCAACCUUCGUUCCCGGAAUACUAGACAUAGAUAUCGACGACCCUUUCACAGCUCCUCGUACGACGCUUCCUCUCACCGAAUUCAGCUGGGAGGCCCUCUCUUUGUCUUUUGCGACUGCCUCAUCGAUCAUCCGCGUCUCGAGGACAUGGUACUCUCUGGGGCUACCGUUCCUCUACAGAGUAGUCGCUCUGUACGGUGACGAAGCCAGAGUGGUCCGUCUACGGGACACUUUGGCAAGAUCGGUUGAACGAGGCGAUGACCCACCAUUAGGUUCCUUCGUACGCCAUCUCAUCCUUGGUGGACCUGAACCAGACAAUUGCUUCGGGCGGGCACGAAGCUGUGACUUGAUAACAAGUAUCAUCAGUCACACCAAUAACCUCGACAUCCUAUCAAUCCUGUAUCAAAAUCAGACCGAAUCACUUCUACAUUCUUACAUUCCCGCGAUCCUCUCCUCCUGCUCGAUUCUCAGUCCAACGUUGAAAAAGGUCUACAUCCAUCCGGACAUGCACCCCUAUAUCCCGCAGGGAACAACUCUUCCUCAAAGCCUUCGUACAUUCGUUACCGGCGAGUACGAAUACGGGGCUCGGAGUUUGUGUCCUACAGACCUCCUCGCACUUCCGAAUAUUUCCUUCCUCGCCGCCGCGGCACCACCACGUCCCGGAAUGGAGUCCACCGACCUUCAAGCCAAACUCAGCGAGGCUCUCCUUCCUCGCCCCUCGCUCACGAAAGUCCUCUUCAUCGGCCACGCGCAAACAAUAUCACAUUUUCUCCACGUUCAAGGCGAAUACCUUACUUACAUCCAACUCGACGUCCGAGUCAUGUAUUCCAAGGAGAUAUCCCGGGCCAUGGAGCUCUUCGCAGAUCAUUGUCCUGCACUCACGCACCUCAUCUUCUCGAGUCUUGCCUACGACCGUAAGGGCAUGCCACCCUGCCUCACUCUCCCGCCCACAAUUACCCACCUUGGCUUGAAUGGAUAUCUCCCUUCAGAAUAUGGAAAUCCGGGGAGUCUCAAAGCGAAAGCGAGGUCUAGACAAGAGUCGGAGUCGUUGUUUCGAUGUCUGGCGGACUCGGCGGUGGAGGUGUCGGGCUUACAGGUUGCGAGGUUUCUCGAUACGACAGGGCCGAGGAUAUUGAAGGAGUUAGCGCAGAUGCGAUAUCGCAUGCAUGAGGUUUGGGGUGGAAGGGGGCCGUUCAGAGUGGAGGAUUGGGACGGGAGAGAGUUGUCGAUACGGCCUUUCUAG